GUGUUGGUCGGACUCCGUCAGGAAGGCAGCGGCGUCCCUGUUUGGAUUAAAUGUUUGACCAAUGGAAACAUAUGGGAGACAUAGAAAAGUGAGCACAUGGGGAAACCACCGGGAAUGAAUCACUCCUUCAUUACGGUCCUGGCAGCUUUAGUCACAUAUUUCAUGGAGAACAACUUCAGAGUCACGGAUGCCAAGGAGCACGAUUCCAGAUCCUCCUCCAACAUGUCUCCAUCAGAUUUUCUGGACUCACUCAUGGGUCGCACUUCGGGUUAUGAUGCAAGAAUUAGACCCAAUUUUAAAGGUCCCCCCGUAAACGUUACAUGCAAUAUUUUUAUCAACAGUUUCGGCUCUGUCACAGAGACAACCAUGGUGAGUUCUUCUGCUCUUUUGAUUGAUGUUUUCCCUGUAAGAUGUGUCAAUGUGUUGUCUAUCCCUCAACCUGCAGGUCCACCUGUUAAUGUUACCUGCAACAUAUUUAUCAACAGCUUUGGUUCUAUAGCAGAAACUACAAUGGAUUACAGGGUGAACAUCUUCCUGCGGCAGAAGUGGAACGACCCUCGGCUGGCGUACAGUAAAUACCCAGAUUCCUCUCUUGACCUGGACCCGUCCAUGCUGGACUCCAUUUGGAAGCCUGACCUGUUCUUUGCCAACGAGAAGGGCGCCAACUUCCACGAUGUGACGACGGACAACAAGCUGCUGCGCAUCUUCAAGGACGGAACCGUCCUCUACAGUAUCAGGUUGACUCUCAUUCUGUCGUGUCCAAUGGAUCUGAAAAACUUUCCCAUGGACGUUCAAACGUGCACGAUGCAGCUGGAGAGUUUUGGCUACACCAUGAAUGACCUGAUCUUUGAGUGGCUGGAGAACGGCGCGGUGCAGGUUUCCGAGGGACUCACCCUGCCUCAGUUUAUUAUGAGGGAAGAAAAGGAGCUGGGCUACUGCACUAAACACUACAACACCGGUAAAUUCACUUGUAUCGAAGUGAAAUUUCACCUGGAACGCCAGAUGGGCUAUUACCUGAUCCAGAUGUACAUUCCUUCCCUCCUCAUCGUCAUCCUCUCGUGGGUAUCGUUUUGGAUAAACAUGGAUGCUGCUCCUGCCAGAGUUGCGCUGGGCAUCACCACUGUGCUCACCAUGACUACUCAGAGCUCUGGAUCCAGAGCUUCUCUUCCAAAGGUCUCGUACGUGAAAGCCAUUGAUAUCUGGAUGGCUGUGUGUCUGCUCUUUGUGUUUGCUGCGUUGCUUGAAUAUGCCGGGGUUAACUUUGUCUCCAGGCAACAGAAAGAGUUUCUCCGCCUCAGGAGAAGACAAAAGAAGAACAAGGACGAAGAUAUGCGCGAGGGCCGCUUUAAUUUUGCUGGGUACAACACGAGUCAGUGCAUGCCGGCGAAGGAUGGCUCUGCCAUUAAAAACGCGGUUCCCGCUUCCAACCCGCAACCGUCAGCCCCGAAGGACAUCGACGCCAUGAGGAAAAAGUUUGUGGACCGAGCCAAAAGGAUAGACACGAUCUCCAGGGCUGCCUUCCCUCUGGCCUUUCUCAUCUUCAAUGUCUUCUACUGGGUUACCUACAAGAUCAUUCGACACGAAGACAUCCACCAAAACUGA